CAAUUUUUUUUUCCAAGAAACAAAUAAAUAGAUAUGUUCGCAGCUUGAGCGUUCAUUACGUCCGAUAUAACAGCAAACCCCUCAGUCCAGGUGCUUUUUUGACCUGACCUCGUUAUCGACAAUACUUGCUGCAUAUAAAGGUCCAUCAACAUCAUGUUUUUGACUCGAAAUUUGCAAGGCUUACGUGCGUUGCGUGUGAGCCGUUUUUCUACGUCUACUCGUCUCGCUUCGGCUGCUGCUGCUGCCACUGCAACCAGCAGAAUGCAACCUAUGGAUUGCUCUGAAAUUAAAAUUACGAAGGCUGACAAGCUCAAGCCCAUGCCUGAACUCAAUACCUUGCAGUUCGGUAAGGAGUUCACUGACCACAUGCUCAUCAUGAAGUGGAACAAGGACAACGGCUGGAACAAGCCCGAGAUCGUUCCCUUCGGCAACUUGAGCAUGCACCCUGCCUCUUCUGUGUUCCAUUACAGUUUCGAGUGUUUCGAGGGUAUGAAGGCUUACAAGGAUGCCAACGGUGUCCCCCGUCUUUUCCGCCCCAUCAGAAAUGCCGAGCGUAUGUUGAACACCGGCCGUCGUAUCUCUCUCCCUGACUUCGACCCCAACCAACUUGUUGAGGGCAUCAAGAAGUUCGUCGACCUCGAGUCCCGUUGGGUUCCCCAAGAGCGUGGUUACUCCCUGUACAUCCGUCCCACUUUCAUUGGUACUGACAGUGCCUUGGGUGUGCACGACGUCGGCAAUGCCAUGCUCUUCGUGAUUGCCUCUCCCGUCGGUCCUUACUACAAGUCUGGCUUCAAGGCCGUUAAGCUGUGCUGUUCUGAAAACAUUGUCCGUGCCUGGCCUGGUGGAAGUGGCCACUACAAGCUUGGUGGUAACUACGCUCCUAGUGUUGUCCCUGCUCGUGAGGCCGGUAAGAAGGGUUUCGCUCAAAUUCUCUGGCUUUACGGUGAGGAGGACUAUGUUACUGAGGUCGGUACUAUGAACUGCUUCACUGUCUGGAUCAACAAGAACGGCGAGAAGGAGAUUAUCACUGCUCCUUUGGAUGGUAUGAUUCUUCCUGGUGUCACCCGUGCUUCUGUUUUGGAUAUUGCCCGUGAGCGUCUUGCUCCUCAAGGUUGGAAGAUCACUGAGGGCAAGUACAGCAUGAAGGACGUUGCCCAAGCAGCCAACGAAGGCCGCUUGCUUGAAGUCUUCGGCUCUGGUACUGCUGCUUUGGUGUCCCCUGUUAAGGCUAUUCAAUACCGGGGUAAGGAAUUCUCUAUUCCUUUGCCUGCUGGUAAGGAGGCUGGUCCCAUCACCGAGCAAAUUAGCAACUGGAUUCUUGACAUCCAAUACGGCAAGGAGCCCAACCACCCCUGGAGUGUCCCCGUCAGAAACUAGAGCACUUUUAGAACCUCGCAACUCUAGCUUUCUCUAAAACCUUUUUUGUUGGCUUCUUUUUUGUCAGAUAGUUUAUUUUGUCAUGCACGGAUGCAGGUCCUGUUUUAAUGCUCGUACUUGUAACAUACUAGAAUGACUGUAUUAUAUAAAAUUUAUGAUUGCGAAGCUGGACGAGCUAAUUAA